AAUAAAUUUCCAGGAGGGCAACUGGUCGCAUAAUGUGUGGAACGCGGUCUUCUUCUAGUGCACCCUGGGCUCCCUCCUCACCUCCUUUACUUCACCGGUGUACGCCAGAGAGUUGUCCUGGGUGCCCACCCUCGUGUAAGCUUGAGAGAGUCAUGGCAGCAUUCAAAGGGAUAUGGACCAAGGGGUUCUGGCGGGCCGUGUCUGCAGAGUUCUUGGCCACGCUGAUUUUCGUGCUUCUUAGCCUCGGCUCGACCAUCAACUGGGCCGCAAAGCAGGAAAACCCACCCCCGGCAGACCUGGUGCUGAUAUCGCUCUGCUUCGGCCUCAGCAUCGCCACCAUGGUGCAGUGCUUCGGCCACAUCAGCGGCUGCCACAUCAACCCGGCAGUCACGGCAGCCAUGGUGGUCACCAGGAAGCUGAGCCUGGCCAAGGCUUUGUUCUACGUGGUGGCACAGUGUCUAGGAGCCAUAGCAGGGGCUGGAAUACUCUACAUGGUCACUCCCAGUACUGUGAGAGGAGGCCUCGGAGUAACCGCGGUAAACUCCAACCUAUCAGUGGGGCAUGCUCUUGUUGUUGAACUCUUCAUCACCUUUGAGCUCGUCUUCACCGUCUUUGCUACAUGUGAUCCUAAACGGAAUGACUUGAAAGGGUCAGCUGGACUAGCCAUAGGAUUUGCUGUAUGCAUUGGCCAUCUAUUUGCAAUCCCUUACACUGGUGCCAGCAUGAACCCUGCACGCUCCUUUGGGCCUGUAGUCGUCACUGGGAACUGGGAAAAUCACUGGGUGUACUGGGUGGGUCCCAUUCUUGGUGGAAUUCUGGCUGCUGCUUUGUACGAGUAUCUGUUCUGCCCCGAAACAGCGCUGAAGAAACGUCUCAGUGAUAUGUUUAUCAAAGAUCCCUCUGGGAAAUACAAGGAAGUGGAGUGUCCUCGUGGCCAGUAUAACGGAGAGCCUGAUGACCUGGUCAUCAAACCCAGCUCAUUCCUCACCACUGUGGACUUGGACAAAAGGGAGAAGCAGGAGACGUUCCGGGAGCCCCCUGGAGAGGUGCUGUCCUCAGUAUGACUAUCACGUGCACUGGAGAUGGAGACCAACCUGUAGGCCAGCGUGGUUUCUAGUUACCUGUGGCCAGGCCCCACCUACCGUCUACGCAGAAAAAAGAAAGAAAAAAAAACGUUUGUUGUCUCAGGGAGCUUGUUUCCUCUCUGAGCGCUCACCAAAGUGUAUUUCUCAUUGGGCCAUGCCCUGUGCUUCGAUGCAUAAGACACAUUGGUUACCCCUGCAAAACUUGAGAAUCUUCAUUCUGCCAGUUCCGUUCAUUCAUUACCUGGCAGGUUUUUCUAUUGGUUGGAUGAUUUUGGUUUUCUAAAAUAACUCUAUCCACAUGAUACAACAAUGAACCAUAAAUUCACAGUGUCAAACACUGAAAGGAUUCUCAUGCCAAAAAAGGGAAUUCUACUACAAAAACAUGUACAACCCAUCACAUUCCAUUAAGCCUCAUAUGUCAUCAAACUUGGUGGAAAGUUUCAACCUAUUGCCUUGUUAAUCUUGGAUUAGUGUCUGGUUUCAUACAUCACAUGUCAUGACAUCAUGGUCAUUAAGAAAAUUACAAACCCCAUGGCACGACGGACAGAGAUGAGGUAUGCGGGCGGUUGGCGGCAGGUUGUGAGUUCCAUGACUAUCUGAGCCAGUGUGUUUUCACACUGGCUGUCUCCAUGUACAGUGCACAGACCUGGGAUUGUCUUGUUAUCCAACUGUAUCAUUAUCUUCCCCAGCAACUCCCAUAGCAACUUUGCCUUACAUUGUAGAUAAUGUGGUGUUAAUAUUAACAUGUAUAGAAAACACAGACGUGUGAAUGGAGUCGAACCCUAUAGAAGUGUAUGUUUCAGUGUAAAGUAUAUAAUAUGUAAAUGUUUGUGUAUUUUUAUUUUUAUUUAUGUGACUACAUAAGCUGUGACGAACUCAACCUCAUCACUCUUUGGACUUAAGAAAUGGAUCAUUUUUCAAUGCAUGGAUUGCAGUACUGAGUCAAUAAAUAGGCUGUAGUGAUGUUCACGGUUAGUCAAAACUGUGUGCACAAUCACAUUCACAGUCUCUCUUUCUCUCUGCCACCAUGAGCUGGUAAAUCAGGCCUUUAUGAAUAAUAGGGAUAAUAAUGAUAUAUGUAUUUUUUCCUGAGCCAUCCAGACCAGAUUUGCUGCAUGUAUACACAGACAGGGACAUGGCACACAAUGUCUGUAUUUGGUUGUAUGGGUUUAUAAAAAUGCAAAACACAAAUUUCCUUUUCAAAAAUACAUGCCAGAAAUUGAGCUCUGCCCUUGCUACAACCAUAGCAGUGAUAUCCAUAAGCCCAGCCACAGAUGACACCGCAGUCAGCUAACGAUUCAAUAAUUAUGAGCUGGCCUGAUGCUGUGGCAUUUAAAAGCCCCGUAAUCAGCUACUCGCAGUACUGUCCCAAAGCAAGCAGCACCCUGAGCCAAGAAUGUGUUGUGGCAUGCCAUGGCAUUCAUCUUCCAAAAACAGAACCUUGGUCAGCUGUAGUGGCCCAGCCAAAAACACACCCUGUUCUGCAUUUGGAAAAACAGGUGAUGCUUCUAGGUGAUGCAUACGGACUGACUGAGAAUCGGUACCUAGAACAUACCCAUCUUUAAAAAAAAAACCUAUUUCAUUUUAGUACUGUUUUUUGUUUUUUUUGCAAUAGUCAUUAGCCAUAAUUAUUAUUUAAGCUCUUUGUGGAUACAGAAAUAAAGUUUCAGUGUUUGGCCA